AUGGCUACGUACACCGUCCAGCAGGGCGACUACAUGUGGAAGAUCGCCAACGACCACGGCAUCGCCCUCGACGCCCUCAUCGCAGCCAACCCGCAAGUCGCAGAUCCCGCCGUCAUCCAGGUCGGCCAGGUCCUCAACCUGCCUGGCGCGGCGGGCGGAACUCCUUCUCCUGCUGCUGGUGCUGCUGGCGAUGCUGCUGCGGCUGCUUCCGCCCCUCCGCCGCCCGCUGCGUCCGCUGAGCCCGCCGAGGCCUCGCGGGGGGUGGUCAACGUUGCCUCCGCCGUGCCAUCCUUCCAGGGCGGAAGACAGGGCCUGAAGACCGUGGGAUACUUCACAAACUGGGUGAGUCUGCUCUCUAUAUCUGGCUUCUCUUCUGCUGGGUUGAUAACCAUGUGCUCUAACGCUCCUGUGCUGUGUAGGGCAUCUACGGACGCAACUAUCAGCCUGCGGAUAUCCCAGCGAGCCACCUCACCCAUAUUCUCUAUCUCUUUAGACUCCUUUGCGAAUGUGCGUCCAGAGACAGGCGAAGUCUAUCUCUCAGACACCUACUCGGACCUCGAGAAACACUACCCCGAAGAUUCCUGGAAUGAUACCGGAAACAACGUCUACGGAUGCAUCAAGCAGCUCUUCCUCCUCAAGAAACAGCACCGUCAUUUCCACAUCCUCCUCUCCAUCGGCGGCUGGACGUAUUCCUCCAACUUCGCUGCGCCAGCAUCCACUCCCCAGGGCCGUGAGACCUUUGCCCGCUCUGCUGUUAAACUGGUAGCCAACCUGGGCUUCGACGGCAUAGACAUUGACUGGGAAUAUCCUAAGGAUGACACCGAGGCGUAUAACUUUGUUCUCCUUCUUGAAGCCGUGAGAUACGAACUAGACAAGUUCUCCGCUGAAGUUGUCCAACGGCCAGACGGCGGUAGACUGCUGUUGACCGUUGCUGCACCGUGCGGAGCAUCCAACUAUGGCGUCCUCCGUAUGGCGGAUAUGGAUCGAUACCUUGACUUCUGGAACAUGAUGUGCUACGAUUUCGCAGGUGGAUGGGACAGCAACGCAGGACACCAGGCAAACCUUUAUCCGUCCGUGGAUAAUCCUGCCUCCACGACGUUCUCCAUUGAUGCUGCUCUUCGUGCAUACAUGGCUGGAGGUGUUCACCCGGCAAAGAUCAUCUGUGGUCUGCCUCUGUACGGCCGCGCGUUUGAACAGACAGAUGGGCCCGGGAAACCGUUCCAGGGCGUCGGUGAAGGGUCCUGGGAGAAUGGUAUUUGGGAUUACCAUGUUCUCCCCAAGGACGGGGCCGAGGAGUACAAUGACGAGAACCUAGGUGCCAGUUGGAGUUACUCUGGUAGUGAAAGAAAGAUGAUAAGUUACGAUACGCCGCUGAUCACCAGGAAGAAGGUGGACUACAUCAGAGGCGUUGGGCUAGGUGGAGCAAUGUGGUGGGAACUAAGUGGUGACCAUCCCGUUGACCACGAACGGAGUUUGAUCAAGACGGUCGUAGAGGGAUUCGGAGGCACUGGUGCGUUGGAGAUGCGAGAGAAUAACCUGAACUACCCAACGAGUGAGUACGACAACUUGAGAAGCGGGUUCCCAUGA